AUGGGAAACGAGGUGCUGCUGACAGACAUCGGCGACCUCCAAGCCUCUCUGACCCAGGGGAACAUCACGCAGAACCAGGCCUCCCUCGCGGCCGCCGGUGGGGCAGCAAGCUAUGGCAGCCUAGACUGGAGAAGGCUGCCCGAGCGUGGCCAGUACGGCUACUUCGACUUGGUCUUCGCUGGGGACGUUAUUUGGCAUGAGAGCUUGGUGGAGCCGUUUCUGAAGGCCGUGGCAUGGGCUGCGUCGGGUCCUGGAGUUGGUGAGGUGAUCCUCUCCCAUAAGGUCCGAGACCAAGAGUCUGUGCUGCUCUUCCGCCAGAUGCUGGCCCCGAACGGCCUGCAGAUCAGCAAGGAGGUGCCCAGCGAGCAGGCGCUGGGUCAGGAUGGGCACCCGGCCGUGCACGUGUACCAUCUGAAGCGGGUCGCGUAG